AUGUUGCGGAAAGCGAUUUUGACGGGGCUUGCCGUCGUUCUGAUCUCUUCACUCGUCAACGCACAAUUCGAUGAGAAACGACAGUGUUUUUGCAAAGAGAAUGAAGCGGUGGAACCUUGUGACUGCUCUUCAGACUCGAUUGAUGUGUUCAACAAUGAAGUCCUCCACAAGAAGCUCACUCGACUCUUACAACGACCAUUUUUCCGAUAUUAUAAAGUAAACAUGGAUAAACAAUGUCCAUUUUGGCCGGAUGAUCGCCAAUGUGGCUCAAAGGAAUGCGGGAUAAUGACAUGCGAUGAUGAAGUGCCUGCUGGUUUGAAGCGACCGGCUGUUGUUACAACG